AUGCACCCUUCUGAGGAGGAUCAAGGCCAAUCUGUAGUCUUAGCAAGUCAUUCAGGCUUGGGAUUUGUUGCAGUUCACGUAGGUAAAGUCUCCGUCAAGUCACAACAGAACUUUCUGCAGCUUUCUGCGGUCAAACAACACAAUCUUAUUCGCACGAUUAAUCCGAGUUCAUUGUUUGACUUAAGCACUUAUUAAAUUGAUAUUUAUUUAUAAGACGUUGUCAAUAAAAUGAUGUUAGGCAUGGGGUUAUAUCUUUUUCCCACUCACACCCAUUUAGUCUAUGAACAGACCCGAUUUUUUACUUAAGGGAGGGGAGGAGGGGGCAUCUGUACACAGCCUAAUCCUAUUAGGUCCAUAUUCUCUUGAUCACUUAGCAAGAAACAAGUUUUCCCUUGAUAUUUCUCUUAAAAGGUGCUGGAUUUCAUUCCGCUGCGCAUGAGGCUGAAUAUAAAGAAGCCUGCAAAUCUGCUUGUACAAAGGUAUAAUAAAUUCAGGCACCUCACUUGCUGACCCAUCACACACACUGAUUUAUUCAUAACUUGACAUUAUUACAGUCAAACCGGGAAAACUGUGAACACCAGUAAUAUUUCUGGAAUGUUAUUGUGUUGCAAAAAAAGCCAAUCAGGCAUGACAAAACUGAACCGCAAGCAAGAAUGCUAAUAAUUGGUUUGUGCUUUUUUGGCUAGAUCUUUGCUGUGAUUGGUCAUAACACAAUGAACAUUCCUUAGAUAUUCAAGUGUUCAUGGUUUUCCUGGUGGCACUGUAAUAAUGGAGAAAUAAUAGAGAAAUGCAAGUGCAUGUAGAUGUUGAUCCUAGACCACAUCAUGGCAGGAUUAUUAAUUAAUUGUCACUCUAACCCUUAAUUAUCUGUGGAAAAAAUUCUAUGGUUUUUCCAUUAAAUCCCUUAAUUGUACUUUAUUCCUGGGAUUUUUUACGAAAAGAAUUUGAAUUUUUUUAGAGUUUUUCUCUGGCCACCAUCAGGGUUAAAAUGCCUUAAUUUUUAGUUAUUUUCAUAUUGCAUAGUUAUAUAACAUUCUUAUAAAAAAAUACGCAUGUCUUGCAUAAAAACCUGAAAAAAUGCACUUAAAGUUAAACAACUAAGCAAGACCAAAUUCCCAUGGAUAUUGUUCUGUUGCUGCCAAUGACCUAUAUUAAUAUUUCUAUUUACUGGUAAGGUAUUUGUGCCUGCUAAUCUCUUUAAGUAAUUUUUAACCAUCUAUUUCUUUUCCAUCCUAGGCUAUUAAGGCAAUAAAAAGAGGCUUAUCAGCAAAAGAAGCUGUUGUAAUCGCAAUAUCCACUUUAGAGGUAUAAAAUAAUUUUUAUUUUUAAUUUAUUCAUGAAUAUAUGUGGAGUGGGGUAGGGUGGGUUCAUAAAGCAGAACUUUAUUUUCUUACUAACCUGAUAUGGUAUAUGGUAAACUUUGAGUUAGUACCUUGCCUGAAAUCUUGGGGUGUGACCAUUCAAAAUAAACUUCUUUGGCAGUACGUUCACAUGAUGCUCUUUUUUAAUUUAAAAAAAAAUACCAAAAAAAAGGUUUGGUAAUGUUAUUGAAGUUUGAUUUUGAACCUUUGGGGAUGAAAGAAUAUAACCUAUGAAUUAACUCAGUGAUUUGUAAGGAGCAUGGUCACAUGGGUAUGUUGUAGUUCAGUGUUAUCCUUGACUUAAAUUUUUGUUUCCUUAAAUUACUUUUGGGUAUGGUAAUGUAUGAUAAUGACAUGAUAAUGAGUUUGAAACAAAAGAAAAUAAAAUUGAACCAAGGAUAAAAUUGAACCACAACAAGUACAUACGAGCUUGUGUAUUGUUAUUCUUUAGGACUUCCCUUGUACGAAUGCAGGAACAGGUUCCAAUUUGACCAGAUCAGGUACAGUGGAGUGUGAUGCAUGUAUUAUGGAUGGUGAUUCCUCAGCAUUUGGAGCUGUUGGUGCUUUAAAAGGUUAUUUCUAUUGGGAAUUUAUAUUGUUAAAACAUAAAUUAAAAAUAAAUAAAUACAAUUUAUUUAAAGAGGGUAGCACGGAAUAGUCACAGAAACUAGUAAACUUGUGGCCCUAUAUCUAAAUUAAAAUUACAACAAACAUAAGAUUCUGAAUUUACAAAGUCUAAGUACAAAAUAAAUAAAACUAAGGAAAUAUAGAAGUUCUACAUCAAUAUGAAUGAGUAUAAGAGCUAAUGACAUGGCAAGUGAAAUAUAUACAAGAAUACGAUUAAACUAUGAAAUGGUGUAAUUCCUGCUGCUCUUUAAAUAAGAUAUUAAUUUGAUAAUUAUUCUUAAAGGAUCUAGUGAUACUGCAUUUCUAAGUUGUAGACUUUAGCUGUUCCAGAUUUGGCAAGUAGAAACUGUGAACGUCCUACUGCCUUCGGCCACCCGAUUAAAUUUUGGGCAAAUAAAAUUUAUAUUACUAUAUCUAUGUAGUUACACGACUAUGUUACUGACUGUGGAGUCUUAAGGAGUCUUCAGUAUAUAAGGGGACUUCACCCUUGAUGCAUUUGUAUGCCACACAACAUUUAGAUCUGUUUUAUCUUGUUAAAAGUUAAGUUUCUGAAGGGAUUUAACCUUAGCUUCCCAAAGAAUUCAACACUCACAAUAACAUCUUAGUUACAUACUGAUGAAAUCACUUUAAAUAGAUUUUUUCUGAUUUACAGAAAGUAUAUUCUGAUAUACAUGUGAAAAAAGUUUUUUGAAAAUUUCUAUUGUAGGAAUAAAGAAUCCCAUACAAGUGGCUGGUAGGCUGUUGACGGAAGAGUUAAAAGGCCCUUCUUCGAAUGGUCUCAUUCCUCCAAUGUAUGUGUUGAAAAUUUAAAAAAAAUUAUUUUUGUUUUUCUUUUUAAUACUUAGAUGGCUGGUAAUUUUACCCCUUCCAGUGGAAUAUUUCCCUUGGCGUUUUUGCACCCCUCGAAAAAAGGAAAGGAGUACAUGCAUGGUGUACUUCCCGUAGAAUAUCUCUGUCAACAUUGUAAUCCCUAACAUUAUUCAUGACAGUUAUUACUAUCAUCAUGUUUAAGCUUUCUGGCUGGAGAAGGGGCAUUUAAUUGGGCUCUGGAACAUGGAUUUAGUGAGUGCCAAGAUAAAGAUUUAAUCACAGGUGAAUCUCACGGUUUACAUAUUGCAGUGAUUUUUUAUUAAUUUAUAACAAAAUGAAAGUUAUGGUGGAUUAAUUUGAAUUAACAAUACUUUUGUAAGACAGGAGUUUGCAAACAUGGUGCAAGUGCAAAGCAAGGAUACAGUCUACACAAAAUACUGAUGUGUGCCAUAAACCUUGUCAGCUAGAAAACUUGUGCAACUUUUCAUAUGUGAGUACAAAUGUGCAAAACAUGUACAUGUUACAAAUUAAAAGAAUGGUUCAGAGUGUUUUUCUUUCAAAGAAACUGUGUUUGUUUACCUCUAGGAAUCUAAUAGUAUGGAUACUGUUGGUGCUGUGUGCAUGGACCGGAACGGCCAACUCUGCGCUGGAGCAUCAAGUGGUGGGGUAGUGUACAAGGUGCCAGGUCGCAUUGGACAGGUCAGUCUUUCUUGGAGAGCUCUUUGUACAAAAAAUUGUCCCAAUUGUACCUGUAUACAGUCAUUGUCAGAAAGGAAGCCUGUAAUGUUGUCCCAAAAUUAUAGAAGGUCAUGUCCCGUUUUUUCAUUCUUCAUCUUGGAUCCCAGUACCAGGUUUCUAAACCAUUUUAUAGUGGCAGUGAUCUUUGCAAAUGGCAAAUGUCAGUGCCAAAUGACAUUUCUUAGUCUGGCAUUUUUUUUUUUACUUUAGGUCUUCUUCAGGGGGUUCAAAAGUUCAUGUCUGAAGAUGUUAAUUUUGUUGGUAUAGAUUUUGACCCAUUUUCAGGGCUCAAAAAAACCCUUAAAAUUCCAGCUUGUCGUUUGGGCAAGCAGCUCUCACAUUUUGUUUUCCUGGGGCCACUACUUACCUGGACCCUUGUCCAUUGGGCAAGUGAACUUCAAAAGUUACUUGCUCAGAAAGAAGAUGUACUUGUCCCAGACUACCAAAUCAGACUUUUUUUUUACUCUUUUUCAUUAACUUCACUCAGGCAGCCAUUUUUGGCAGUGGAUGCUGGGCAACUAGCCAUGAUGUUAAUGAAGUAGGAGUUGCAUGUUGUACAUCAGGUUUGUUGGAUUUUGUAUGUUACUUCUUUUGUCGCUCCUAGGGCUCUCUCCUACUCUUCUCUACAGAGCGAUAUCCUAGUAACAAGGUUGAAUUUGCUAUUUGUUUUUCUAGGUUGUGGGGAACAUUUGAUCAAGACUCUGCUUGCUAAAGAAUGUGCAAUCUUAGCUUUAAAUAGGUGAGUUAAGACAGGUAUGUUGACCUAAUGGUCCAUUGCCUGGUAUGUCAAUGGGGAGAAGCAAUUCCUUAUUUUUCCCAUAAAGGGACUUUCCACUGAAAGGUAGGUUAUGUUUUUUGGGCCCCUCUGUCCUGAAUGAACUAUGCAAUGUUGGGGUAACCUGUGAUCGGGCGGUCCUUUGCUGACUUUUAUACUAUCCCCAAGAAAAGGAUGCCUGAUCACAGGUUAAUGUUGAGUAGCCUUUCCUGAAACAAGACCUUAUUCUUCAGAAAAAAACAGUAGAGCACAUAUUUUGUCUGUUGUCCUAAACAGUGUGCUAAAAUAGAGUUUGUUGAUCUGAUACAGGGUUGUUAUCUUAAGUCUUUUUUAUCUCUUUCCUAAACAUAACGCACAACAGACCAGGGUAUACAUUAUAAGUUCCAACUGACUUUGAAUGAGUAUUGGAUGAGAAGUUGAGGAGACAUAGAAAGCGGACAAAACGUGUCACAAACGUGACAGGCUCUAAAAUGUUAUUUUUUUGUUUUCAGUAGAGAUGCAGUCAGUGCGGUUCAGGAGGGCCUUGGUAGCAAGUUUUUAGGUAUGUUUUUCCAGUUAAACUAACACUUGAAGACUUCUUCUGAACAAGCCUAAGCCUGUUGCAGGCGUUCAAAUAACCGGUACAUUGCAAAGAGAAGUGAGCUUUUUUUUCCCUCCAUCCUCCAUUUCUCAGCAGUCCCCACUAUCUAGACGCUUGGAACAGGCUAAACCACAAUGUUAAGUAACAAAAGCGAAUACUAUUUGGAAUCACAAAUCACACAGUUUUUUAUAUAGUUUCUUUAAAUAAAGGAAUUUUUCUUUCAACACAAGCGUUCUCCAUUUCUUUUCCCGUACUUUCCCUGAACUCAUAGUCAACGCAGAUUGCUGUUUUUGUCCGUUAUGUAGGUUCAAGUCUUCUUUCAUCCGUGACGAAAAAGUUAGGAGGAGUGUUGUUGCUACGAGUAGAGGGAGGGGAGGGUAGUGAAGGUAAGUGACAGUGCUCCUACGCUUCCUCCUACGCUAGCGUUGCCUCCCACGGAGGCGUUUUUAGGGGAGCUCGUAUUUCGUGGGGAGGAAGAAAUACGAGCUCCCCUAAAAACGCCUGCGUGGGAGGCUAACGCUAGCGUUGUCGCACAAAUUUUACACUAAACUCUUAGAAGCUUGACUCUUAAACGAUGAAAGAUUGCUAAAGAAAGUUCUGUGACAAAAGAAAGUUAUUUAUCGACCUGUGUCAGUGUAGGCGUCGAUUCAUUUGCAAAGUAGCCUAUCCCAAAAGAAUCUUACCUAGCCUGCGAGCAAGAUGUCGAGGCGGAAGAUGAUGGAAAAGAGCGAUAGUUCAUAUCCUUGAGGAGCUUUUUCUUUCCAUGCGUGCUCUUCUGUGCAGUUAUCUACAGAUGCCGUUCUAGAUCAAUGAUAUAGUGUCACGCUUACUUGUUGUUGGCAAGUUUUCAUUUGAAAGGUCAAAGUAAUGUGACGCUUGCUACAUAUUUUCACAAAUAUGACUGGCUACAAAAGCCCUCGCGUCCUUUUUUCAACCAAUCAUGACGUGGGUGUUCUCAUUUUUCCCGCGCUUGCCAGCGGCUACGCGUUUUAGUGCGAAUUCUGAUUGGUUUAUUUCGUCCUGAUUUUGUCAUUGGCCAGAGUUUAUUGGCUAAACUAACCGGUUUGACAACCCAUUUGUAUCUCUACAGACUGCACUGUUGAUCUCGUCUGGGGUCAUACAACAGACAGCAUGUGUAUUGGUUACGUGGCAGAACAGGACAAAAAACCAAAAGUACGCAAACAAAUUAAUUUAUAUGUUGGUAGAGUUGCUAUGGUUUUCUAUAGCUUGCUCGUUCCCAGAGCCCGUUUCUCGGAAGUCCCGGUAACUUUUCGGCCCCGAAAUCAAAUGUUGAAAUCAAAAUCUUAUGAAUUAGAAGCGCGGGUCUCUGCUAAUCUUUUGAAAUCUCUAUUUUGAAUGUAAACAACAACAGCUUUUAGUGCCGGCCUCUUAAGUAUCGGGACUUUCGAGAAACGGGUCGCUAGGAAGAGCUUUCUAGCAUGUUAUGUUGUUCUUUAAAAUUUUCCAAUCUAUUAAAGACGAAGUCUAGUGUUACAUGACUAUUGAAAUAAAAACCUUUUUCGUUUGGUACUGUUUGCUUUGGACAAUAUUACAAAUUUAGGAAUAAAAGAUACCACUGUUGCACUUGAGAUUUUUUAAAUGGCUUGAUUAUUGCCAUUUCAUCCGUUAUUAAUCCCUCGUAAGGUGUAGUUGCAUAUAACUUCUUGUUUGUUUGUUUUUGUUUUUCAAGGUGCGACUGUCCCGUUUGCAGCCAGGUCAGUUGUUUCCCUUAUCAGUGGAAGGCACAGUUUACAGACUGUCCAAUAGCUAG